UGUUGUUGAUAACGGCUUGAAACGGCAAAGUUGGUGCCAGAGUCAGUUAAUUGGCUAAUUUGGGUUAGCCCGAAGCUGUUCAAGGGCCCAAUAUCCGGGCAUUAACCAAGAUUUCCUGUUGUAUUACAAAUGGAAGAGACUAACUCAUCUUUGUCUCAGGAUGAGUUGGCAUGCCAAAGCUCCUGGUAAUUGGUCUUGGACCAGGGCCGAGUCUUCGAAGGUAUGACCUCAUACAGAAACAAGUUGUUUUCCAUUUUUUUCACUAUUGUAAGAGCAUGUUUGACAUGUCAAUUUGUAUAGAAGUAGAUGAUGGUACGAGAAUGGGACCUAAUAGAAGUUUUUCAAUGUUCAAAAUUAUAUCACGACAAUUAGAAUCAGCAGUGUAAUCACUAUACACAAUAGCAUACUACAAUGUAUACAGA